UCUGAUCACGUGACACGCGAAGUCACGUGGUACCGGAUCCCAAGCUGGCUGUUGUUCGGGGCUUUGCUGCUGCCGCCGCUCUCUGCUGUGGCAAUGAAGCUACAGCGAGUGCAACUGAAGUGCAAGAAUCUGCAUGAAUUUCUUCAAGAACUGAGCCCAGGUGUCCUUGAUCGACUGUACAAUCAUCCCGCUACAUGUCUGGCUGUUUUUAGGGAACUCCCAGGCCUUGCCAAGAACUAUGUGAUGCGCAUGCUGUUUCUUGAGCAGCCAUUGCCCCAAGCAGCUGUAGCUUUGUGGGUGAAGAAAGAAAGUCAUAAGGAACAUGAGGAGAACACACAGAUUCUGUCUGGACUGCGACUGUGGCACACACAGCAACUUCCUGGGGGGCUACAAGGACUCAUUCUAAAUCCAAUUUUCAGAGAAAAUCUGAAAAUUGCUCUGCUGGGCGGAGGAAAAGCUUGGGCAGAUGAUGGCAGUCUUCUCGGUCCUGAUAAACAUGGAAAGGAUGUCCCUUCUCUGGAUAAAUAUGCAGAGAGCAGAUGGGAGGUUAUUUUGCAGUUCAUGGUUGGGUCACCUAGUGCUACCGUUAGCCAGGAUUUGGCACAGCUCCUCAUUCAAGCUGGUCUCAUGAAAAGCGACGUUGGAGAAGCACCUAGUAUUUCUUCCGCCGGAUUUCAAUUUUUGCUUCUGGACACAGCAUCUCAGCUGUGGUAUUUUAUGCUUCAGUACCUUAAAUCAGCAGAGUCUCGGGGAAUGAAUCUGGUGGAAAUACUGUCCUUCAUGUUCCAGCUAAGCUUUUCUACGCUUGGAAAGGACUACUCUGUGGAGGGGAUGAGUGAAUCACUUCUGACUUUUCUACAACACCUACGAGAAUUUGGACUGGUAUUUCAGAGGAAGAGGAAGUCUCGUCGCUACUAUCCGACACGUCUGGCGAUAAAUCUGGCAUCUGGAGUCUCUGGGACUUCUCUUGACAGCCAUAAGCAGGGAUUUAUUCUGGUAGAGACUAACUACAGGGUAUAUGCAUAUACAGAUUCAGAACUGCAGAUUGCUCUUAUUGCUCUGUUCUCUGAAAUGCUGUAUCGCUUUCCCAACCUGGUGGUGGCACAAGUGACUAGAGAAAGUGUUCAACAAGCUAUUGGAAAUGGCAUCACUGCUGAGCAGAUAAUCCAUUUUCUUCGGACCAGAUCCCACCCAGUAAUGUUGCAGCAGAAUCCAGUGCUUCCCCCAACCAUCACUGACCAGAUUCGUCUUUGGGAACUAGAGAAAGAUCGCCUCCGUUUCUCUGAAGGUGUACUGUACAAUCAGUUCCUCUCACAGGUGGACUUUGAAGUAUUGAGAAAUUAUGCCCGUGAUCUCGGAGUACUUGUGUUUGAAAACCCGGCAAGGCGCGUAAUGGUGGUUACACCAGCAGGCCAUUCAGAUGUUAAACGUUUCUGGAAGAGACAAAAGCACAGCUAGUGAGCUACACAUUUUAUAUUUAAAAUGAGAGAUAGUAUCCUCUAACAUUUGGACCCAUGUUUGCUAUUGAUAUGCUUUUUGUACCACCUUUAGUUACUAGGCACUUGAAUACCUAGUGACAUUCACAGGACUUGCUGCCUUAAGAGACAAAUUUUUACAUCUAUUUUUUGUCCCUGUUUUGGUAUCUUCACUGGGAUUUUUGUUCAAGCUCGAGUGAUAUUAUUCGUCUGUCUCCUACUUGGAUUCAAUAGUGUUAUUAUCUAGAAAGAUUUUACUAUUUAUUGAAUAGAACUAUAACAAUUACAGUCAUAAACAUUGCCAACUGGAUGGGAUCUAUGAAGAUAACUUCCGUUUUUCCCUGUGAUUGCUCACUUCAUAAAUAAAGCGUUCA